AUGGGUUAUAUUUGUUCUGUCUGCAACGAAGUUAUUAAUGGAAGCUGUAAGAAUCUUAUUUGGCAUAUCAGAAACCUACAUGCACUCUCAGUGGGUCCUGCUUUUACUGUCCCUGUCAAAUGUGGCCAAGAGGGUUGUUUGCAGACAUUCCGUUAUUCACUGGCCUUUAAACGCCAUAUUGAGAACAAACAUAACGAUAGUCCUCACAAUGAUGGUGAUAAUGAUAAUGAGGGUGAUGCAGAUAAUAAUCCAUUUGAUAUUAACCCCAAUAAUAAUACACCUUGUUUACCUCCCAAUGUUGAAACAGUUUUGAGUAGAAAUGAAAUAACUGAAUUUGCAGCUUCUGCAAUAGCUAAAUUAAAAGCAUCAAGCAGUAUGGUUCAGUCAAAUAUAGACCAUGUAGUUCAUGAAAGUUCAGAGUUGUUUUCAAAUGUAGUCAUGUCUCUUAAAACCAAAACUGAGCAGAUGUUAGACAACAAAGAUAUUGAAAAGGAUGAUCCAGAAAGGGUAGAACUUCUUGAAGCAUUUGACAAUGCUCAACGUCCAUAUGAAAACCGGGAAACUGCAUAUCAACAAGAAAAGUACUUUCAUCAGAGUGGUCACUUUAUAAAACAACGGGAAGUACCAUUCGCUACUGCUUUUUAUCCCCGUCACAACCCAGUUACUAAUCAUGUUGACCAGGUAGAUAGACAUGUGACAUUCCAAUACAAUACUUUGAAAGACUUGCUUAAGCACAAACUUGAAAGCAAAGGAUUUAUGAGAAGCAUACAGCAAUAUCAACCCAGGAAAGAUGGCAUCAUGCGAGAUUUCCAUAAUGGAGAAUUCUGUCGUGGACAUGUCUUUUUUUCAAAUGGAAGAAAUGUUGCCCUUCUUUUGUAUGUGGAUGAUUGCGAAAUAGCUAAUCCGCUUGGAUCAAAGGCAGGGAUACACAAGAUAGGUGUAAUUUAUUGUACCAUUUUAAAUCUACCACCCAAAUUCCGUUCAUCAUUGUGUAACUGCUAUCUUGUUGCAUUGUACAACACAGGGGAUGUUAAAACUUAUGGAUUUGAGCCUAUUUUGGCACCACUUGUAACAGACAUCAAAGAGUUGGAAAGCCGGGGACUACACAUUAGCACAGAUGUGUUUGAGGGAGAUGUCCAUGUUGGUAUUGCCCAGGUGACUGGUGACAACUUGGGACUGAAUGGCAUCUGUGGUUUUAUCGAAAGCUUUGUUGGCCAUCAUUGCUGCAGGACUUGCAAGAUGCAUCUGGUAGAAAUGCAUCGUGCAUUAACAGCAAACUCAAAUUUGCUUCGGGAUUAUGACAACUAUACUGAAGACCUGGAUCUAAAUGAUCCAUCCUCUACUGGCAUUAAAGCUCCAUGUCUCUUGAAUGAUGUAGAACACUUCCAUGUUACCACAAACUAUGCACCUGAUAUUAUGCAUGAUUUGUUGGAAGGAGUUGCUGGUCUGGAAGUUCAUCUAGUUGUUGCAGAUUUAGUCCAAUCUGGUUUCUUUGACCUGGACUUGUUAAAUAGCAGGAUUACUAGCUUUGAUUAUGCUCCUUCGGAUUCGAAAAACAAGCCAUCCCCAAUCACUAAGCAUAAGAUUCAGAAUCCAGAUGGUGCAACAGGGCAAACUGCAUCACAGAUGUGGUGCCUUAUUCGAAAUCUGCCUCUAAUGAUUGGCGACUUAGUUCCAGAAGGCAAUGAACAUUUGGAACUUCUCCUAAUUCUACUUGAGUGUAUGGAUUUUAUCUUCAGCCCAGAAGUUACUGUUGAGGAAUCCUUUUUUCUGAAGCAACUAAUUAAAGAUCACCACAGUUACUUUUUGCACUUGUAUCCAAAUCGUCAUUUGAAGCCAAAACACCAUUUCAUGACCCACUACCCCCACCAGAUCCGUCAACUAGGUCCACUGAUCAACUAUUGGACAAUGCGUUUUGAGGCGAAGCACAGAUUCUUCAAGCGUCUAGGGCAUAUCGUGUGUAAUUAUCGGAACAUUCUUAAAACACUUGCUAACAGGCAGCAAAUGUUUCUAUGUUACAACCUUAUGUGUGGGAAAGAGCUUGUUGACAGAGAUGUGGAAAUAGGGACUGGAUGUUCUACCCUAGUUGUUUCUCUAGAAAGAGCGCAGUUCUUGAGCAGAGCAAUUGGCGUUGAUCUUCUAAGUGAAAUUUUUGUUGCUAAGUGGGUAACUGUGAAUGGGAUCAAAUAUUGCAAAAACACUCUAGUAAUCAGUGCAAAAUCAGAGGAUUCUUUCCCCAUCUUUGAACUAAUUGUCUACAUUCUAUGUAUGGGAACAAAGAUAUCAUUUAUAACUGCCCCCUGGCAGACUGUCAAGUUUGAUCGCCAUACUCACACAUAUGCUGUUCAACCAGCUGUCAAUCCAAUUUGGUCUGUCAUCCCAGUUGAAAACUUAUAUGACCAUCAAGCAUACCAUGCUUCAAAAUCUUAUAAAGAAGGGGAACAUUUAAGUUAUGUUUCCUUACGCUAUAGGAUAAAUUAA